AGCUCUCCCAAACAUCACCAACAACGAGCAAGGUCCAUUUUCAUUCCGCCGGCGUCUUCUAAUCCAAAUCUACGAUAUAUCUUUCGUCAAAUACGAGAACUCAGAAACCAAAUUGCCAAAAUGCAUCUCAUGUAUACAGCCGACGAGAGCGGAAAGCGCCUCUACACCCUGAAGAAAGUCCUACACGGCGAAGUCACCAAAUCCGCACACCCGGCUCGUUUCUCCCCCGAUGACAAAUGGUCGCGCCAGCGUGUUACUCUUAAGAGGCGCUUCGGUCUAUUGUUGACGCAGCAGAAGAACAAGGUUGCCGAAAACUCCCGAUAAACGAAGAAUACUCAGACGAUAAUAGACGACGAUUCGAGGCUGAGAUGCUGAAAUAGGCGGAUAUUGGCUGAAAUACCCACGGUCCCACAGCAUGCAAAUGCGGAUUUAUUCAUUUGGACGAUACGGCGUUUGGGGGAUAUAGGGAAACCAAAAGAAUUGAUUAUUUCUACACCAAGCCCUGAUUUGCCUGAACUAGUCGAACCUGUGAAAUCAUCGUCGUGACCUCACCAACUUACGCGAUUUAGUCCUUGUAUUGAGAUGGAUAAUCGAGAACGGAUGAAAUGGACUUGAUACUACAAGUGCUUGGGGAAUGCGAAUGUCACUUAGCGGUCUAUUAUGGGCAGAAAUUGCUCUAAUGCCCAAAUCCGAAUGAAGACGUGGUAUCAAUUCAUA